CAAAGAUUUUCAUGGCAACCAGGCUGACUAAGGAGUUAUUUAGAGAGGCUCAGACUUAUUCUCAAACUAUUGUAAAUGGCCUCAACAAAGCUGUAUCUCCUUUCCAUUCUGUAGCAACUGUGAAAUCCUUGCUACAUAAACAGGAUUUUAAGGAACUCAAAGAAACAGAGGAAUGGGAGCUUGAAGGCGGGUCAAAAUAUUACUUCACUAGAAAUAAUUCCUCAAUCUGAGCUUUUGCCAUAGGCAAGAAUGUAAGAGAAGGAAGUGUUCCUAACAGUUUUAAGCUAGUAGGAUGCCAUACAGACUCUCCUACUAUUCGAAUUGCUCCUAUUUCUAAUAUUGACAAGGCUGGGUAUAAAGAAAUGGGGGUCCAAUGAUACGGAGGAGGCAUCUGGAAUACUUGGUUCGAUAGAGAUCUCACUUUUGCUGGAAGAGUUGUUACUUACAAUGAUGAUACUGGGAGAUUAGAAGAUAAACUCUGGCAUCACAAGAACCCUCUUAUCAGAAUUCCCAAUUUAGCAAUUCAUCUUUGAUCAGCAGAUGAAAGAACUAAUAAGGAGAAGCAUUUGAAGCCAAUCAUUGCUACUUCGAUUAUAGAUGCCUUAAUGGAUCCAAGCUCUGAUGAAGAAGAGAAGAUAGUGAAGGAAUCGAGGUAUUCUAUCGAGAAGAAGCAUCUUAAAUCGUUCCUAGAUUUAAUGGCAGGAGAAAUCGACACUAAAGCUGAAAACAUUGUUGAUUUUGAACUCUCAAUGGUUGAUACCAAUAAGUCUUGCUUGAUGGGUCUUCAUAAGGAGUUCAUAUCAAGCGGAAGGCUUGAUAACAUGCUCAGCUCUCUAGUAGCAACACAUUCUUUACUAGAUGUUUCUAAAGAUAUCCCAGAUGAUAACUCAGUGAAUAUGAUAUAUCUGUUUGAUCAUGAAGAAGUUGGAUCCAAGUCUGAUCAAGGCGCAGAUGGAGUCCUUGUCAAAGACAGCCUUGAAAGGAUUUAUGCCUCUUUUAAUGAAGGAAUGAUUGAUGUUGGAUAUAAAUCUGCAUUGAGACAUUCUUUAUGUAUUUCUGCUGAUAUGGCUCAUGCUAUUCAUCCUAAUUAUGCAGAUAAGCAUCAGGCUCAACAUACUCCAAUGAUGCAUAAAGGCAUUGUUUUAAAGACUAACUGUAACCAGAGAUAUAUGACAGACUCAGUAAAUAGUGCAAUAAUCAGAGAGCUUGCAAAUAGAGCUGAUGUUCCUCUCCAAGAUUUCAUGAUUAAGCAAGAUCUUCCAUGUGGAUCCACAAUCGGCCCUGCUUUGGCUUCAACUGUUGGUAUGAAAGUGAUCGAUAUCGGAGCUCCCCAGCUUUCCAUGCACUCCUGUCGAGAAAUAUGUGGAACUACAGAUACCCUCUACUACCACAAUCUCUUCUGUGAGUUCUUCCGUAACUUCCAAGAUGUUGCUGGUUCCAUUCUCGAUCAUUAAAACUCCCCUACAAAUCACUCAACUUUUGCUUAAA